UGUAGUUGUCAAGACCUACGGGACCGGCAAGAGCAGAAGCCUCGGUGCACGCCCGUUCUCCUGCCUGCCUUCAUUUCCCAUCGUGCUGAGGCGGGUGGCAUGGCGGAGAAGGAUGACACCGGAGUUUGACGAAGAGGUGGUUUUUGAGAAUUCUCCACUUUACCAGUACUUACAGGAUUUGGGACACACAGAUUUUGAAAUAUGUUCUUCUUUGUCACCAAAAACCGAAAAAUGUGCUACCACAGAGGGACAACAAAAGCCUCCUAUGAAAGUCCUAUCAAAACAAGGCAUCCUGUUAAAAGUGGCUGAAACCAUCAAAAGUUGGAUUUGUUUUUCUCAGUGCAAUAAGAAAGAUGACUUACUUCACAAAUUGGAUACUGGAUUCCGACUCGACUUACUGCAUACCAUCCUGCAACAGGAAGUCCUGUUACAAGAGGAUGUAGAACUAAUUGAGCUACUUGAUCCCAGUAUCCUGUCUGCAGGGCAACCUCAACAACAGGAAAAUGGACACCUUCCAACACUCCGCUCCCUGGCAACCCCUAAUAUUUGGGAUGUCUCAAUGCUAUUUGCCUUCAUUAGUUUGCUGAUUAUGCUUCCCACUUGGUGGAUUGUAUCUUCUUGGAUGGUAUGGGGAGUGGUUCUAUUUCUUUAUUUGAUCAUACGAGCAUUGAGAUUAUGGAGGACAGCCAAACUACAUAUGACCCUAAAAAAAUACAGUGUCCGUCUGGAAGAUAUGGCAGCAAAUAGCCGAGCGUUUACUAAUCUUGUGAGAAAAGCUUUACGUCUCAUUCAAGAAACUGAAGUCAUUUCCAGAGGAUUUACACUUUUGCUUGACAGGGUCAGUGCUGCUUGCUCAUUUAAUAAAGCUGGACAGCAUCCCAGUCAGCAUCUCAUCGGUCUUCGGAAAGCUGUUUACAGAACUGUAAGAGCCAACUUUCAAGCAGCAAGGCUAGCUACCCUAUAUAUGCUGAAAAACUACCCCCUGAACUCUGAGAGUGACAAUGUUACCAACUACAUCUGUGUGGUGCCUUUUAAGGAGCUGGGCCUUGGACUUAGUGAAGAGCAGAUUUCAGAAGAGGAAGCACAUAACCUUACAGAUGGCUUCAGCCUACCUGCAUUAAAGGUGUUGUUUCAACUCUGGGUGGCACAGAGUUCAGAGUUCUUCAGACGGUUAGCCCUGUUGCUUUCUUCAGCCAAUUCACCUCCAGGGCCCUUACUUUCUCCAGCACUCUUGCCUCAUCAUAUACUGUCUGAUGUGAUUCAAGGUCUACCUCAUGCUCAUUCUGCCUGUUUAGAAGAGCUCAAACGCAGCUAUGAGUUCUACCGGUACUUUGAAACCCAGCACCAGUCAGUACCCCAGCGUAAAACUCAGCAGAAGUCAAAAGAACUAAAUAAUGUUCACACAGCAGUGCGCAGCUUGCAACUCCAUCUGAAAGCAUUACUGAAUGAGGUUAUAAUUCUUGAAGAUGAACUUGAAAAGCUUGUUUGUACUAAAGAAACACAAGAACUAGUAUCAGAGGCUUAUCAAAUCCUAGAACAGAAGUUAAAGUUGAUUGAGCCCCAUGUUCAAGCAAGCAACAAUUGCUGGGAAGAAGCCAUUUCUCAGGUGGACAAACUGCUACGGAGAAAUACAGAUAAAAAAGGAAAGCCUGAAGUAGCCUGUGAAAACCCACAUUGUACUGUAGUACCUUUGAAGCAGCCUACUCUACACAUUUCAGACAAAGAUCCAAUCCCCGAGGAGCAGGAAUUAGAAGCUUAUGUAGAUGAUAUAGAUAUGGACAGUGAUUUCAGAAAAGAUGAUUUUUAUUACUUGUCUCAAGAAGACAAAGAGAGACAGAAGCGUGAGCAGGAAGAAUCCAAGAGGGUACUGCAAGAAUUAAAAUCUGUGCUUGGAUUUAAAGCUUCGGAGGCAGAAAGGCAGAAAUGGAAGCAACUUCUCUUUAGCGAUCAUGCUGUGUUGAAAUCCUUGUCUCCUGUAGACCCAGUGGAACCCAUAAGUAAUUCAGAACCAUCAGUGAAUUCAGAUAUGGGAAAAGUCAGUAAAAAUGAUACUGAAGAGGAAAAUAGUAGUAAGCCCUCCACAAAUGACAAUGAAAUAAGUAGGACUGAGUAUUUAUGUGAGAAUCAACAAGAGGAUAAAAAUAAAGACAAUUCUGCAAAUGAAGUCUUCCUCCAAGGGCCUGAAGAAGCAAUGUGCUACCAGUGUGAGAGUGAGGACGAAUCUCCACAGGCCGUUGGAGGUGGCCUGGCCACUGUCUCUCCAACUCCCAGGGACUCCUUGCAGCCCUCCAUCAAGCAGAGGUUGGCACAGCUCCAGCUGUCACCAGAAUUUACCUUCACUGCUGGCCUCGCAGCAGAAGUGGCUGCUAGGUCUCUCUCCUUCACCACCAUGCAGGAACAGACUUUUGGCGAUGAGGAGGAAGAACAAAUAAUAGAAGAAAAUGAAAACGAGGUAGAGGAAAGUAAAAACCAAGAUCAAUGAAAUGAUUUUAGAUUGUUCCUUUUACAAAAGUGUUUUAGCUUCAGGACUGGAAAGGGAAGAUAAGUGUAAGUUUACUAUCUAUAAAGAUGUGAAUUUCUAGGAAGAAACCUGGUUUGAACAACUGUCUCAGAUUAAUAGUUACCUGUAAGUGGCAGAUUUUUUAGGAAAAUAAGAGAAAGGUAAGGGCUCUUUAAAAUAAACUCCUGCUUUAUUUGUGGCCCAACUGAUAAUCUUGGUAAUUAUUUAAGUACUUUUAAUAAGAAAUGAAUUUAUCAUUUCUUGCCAGAAUUUGCUACCAUAAGGUGACUAGGUUAAUUCUCUUGCAAGAACAUUAACAUUUAGUAUGACUCCUUUUUACUGUAUCUUUGCAGUUAGUAACUGCAGCUAUUAUGUUAAUAUCGAGUUGUUUGUAUUUUAUUUUUGUUUAUACCAGUCUUUAAAAAAAAGAUACAGGUUCUGAAUAAAAAAAAUUUAAUUCAUACAA